AUGGUAGAAGAGUGUUCCAGACAAGGGGAGCAACUAGAGCAGAAGCCCCAAGGCGGGGGGCGGGGAGACCAAGUCAGACUUCUGGAAGAAAAUGUGAGAAAUAAAAUUCCUUUAAAAUCCAAAGCUAUCUUAGAGAGUAAAACUACUUAUCUGUACUUAAGAUCUCAAGAGUCCUUGAUCCAGAAUCAACAUUCUGUUAGAAUGGACAUUUCUGCCCAAGCACAAGGUUCUUUUCCAGGACAAAAUGCUAUUCAGAAUCAAGGUUUUUAUGAAGCUCAAUUUACUAGCCAAGCCCAACAAUUUGUUAACAACCAAGAAUCAAUCAACAGCCAGCCUGAUAUAGAGGCCAUGUACUUUGCUGUGCCUCAAGAUUUGAUGGAGAAACCAUUUUCCAGCAGCACACAAGAUUCCUUCCAGACCCAAGAUAUGGACAGGAGCCAACAUUUGGUCAAAGUCCCACAUUCUGUUCAGACUCAAGAUUCAAUCAAAGGCCUAGAAUCUGAUAAAAAACAGUUAGAUGAGGCCCAAUAUUCUGUUUGGUUUGAAGAUUCAAAUAAGAUUAAAUAUUCAAUCCAUGAGCAAAAUACUAUUUUUAAGAAUGCUGGAUUUCUAGUUUUAACUCUAAGUCCAAAAUCAGUUGCUGAAAAGAUGCCGCAACUAAAGAGUAUAAAGCCAAAGGGCCAGAAACAAAUUCCUCCAUCAAAAUUAAACCAGUAUUCUGUGUAUGGCUCAGUGCCUCUUUCACCCACCAGAAGAGAGAAAAACAGAAGAAAAACAUUACACAGUAAAAGUAAAUUUAGUCGCAAAUUUUCAUCUCAAACGUCAAAGAAAACACCAACUUCACAGGUAUUUCAAAUCAUAGUAUGUCACACUUCAAAACGUAGCAAGUUAGGAUGCAAGUAUAACACUAAGAAGAAAGAACUACAUCAAAGGAAAGGUACAUCAGAUAUAGCAUUGCAUCUUAUUUAUGUUUCCAAGCUUGUUUCUCCUUAUAUUAAGAAGUAUUCUAGAAAAAAACUAGUGAAAGUUAUGCCAGGUUUAACAGAAUGUAGAUAUCUUGUGCUGAAGCAAAAUAAGUCACUAGAUGCAGAGAAAGUCAAUUAUGCAGAGUCUAUUCAGAAAAGAGGAACCUCGGGCAGUACUAAAAAUGUAAAACAGCAUGGCAGAGACAAGAAAGGACUGAAAAAUAUUUCACUGAAAAUUCUACCUCAGCUAAAACAGUAUUCCAGGGUCAACACUUAUCAACUAAAAGCACCUUGUUUUUUAUUACUAGAAAGAAACUGGAAGAAUAAAGAGUCUCUUAAAGACCCAAUUACACAAGCAAAGGAAAUUGGUAUUGCAGAGUUUCAUGCCCCAAAUAGUAAAAAAACAUCUGACCUGCCUAUUGCAAAGCAGGAGAUGCCUUUAGAAGAAGCUAUAUCAGAACCUUUGCAGAAAUUUGUUUCUUCUCCAAAAAUGGGAUUGAACAGAAGAAUGAAAUCAUGGGAAGACCUAAAAAGUACAGAGAAUUCCCAUCUUCCACUUUCAAAUGGAGACAAGUUACCAACUAGUAUGCCAGAAAUGCAGAGGUGCUGUCCAAAGGUAAAUACACAAGAACAAGAAGAUUUUCUGGAAAUUGUUCUGGAGUCUUCAGAUGUCAAUUUUCUCAUUUCACUAGGAACCAAAAAGCGUGAAAGCAGUGAACAAUUAGCAGGUGUAAAAACUCAAGAGAGUACAGAAGAUGUAAUUCUGAAGGCAAAGAAACCAUUAAUACUUAAUGUUACAGAAGAUAGUAAUCUAAGUGAAAGUGAGGAACUGGAAUGCAACGCUAGAAGCAACAUAAAAAAUAUGCAAGAUAAAAGAAUAUCUGAUGCAUUUCACAAUGCCACCAACACUACCAUUUCUGAACCACCUGAUGUGGAAAUGCUUAGCAGAUUAAAAGCCAAGAUGGAUACAUCAAGAAUAGGGCUUAGUCAUUCAGUGGUAAAGCAAGAGAAAUUACCAGAAGAAAAGAAAAUAUGGAAAGCAAAAUACACUGAGAAGAGAUAUAAAUUUAAAAAGCCACAAGAACAUGACAGAGAGGAUGAGGAACAAGCUUUACAAGAAGCAGUUCCACAGCUGCCACAAGAUUUCAGAUUCAGCCUACAACUAAAGCAGAAGUCCAAAUACAUCAAAUUUGAAAUAGAGCGGAGCAGUUCAGGAAGUAGAAAAACUCAAAAUAAAGAGCAAGAGGUAAAACCAGAAACUCUUUCUACGGAAAUGAUUUUGGGUACUAAUCCACACCCAAUGAUGGAUCCAUUUGAAGUUGAGAAUGUGAAGCAAAGCACAGACAGACCUACAGGCAGAGAAACUGCAGAUCCAAAGAAUCCUCUUGCAGUGCCAGAGAACUUACCAGUUGGUGAAGUUUUAAUUGAAACAACAGAAUGUGGUGUCCUAUUUGGUGGAAGCCCCAGAAAGACACUGGAUGAUCAUAUUGCAGAAGAAAAGGAAGACUUAAAAAGAAUUUUACCUGCAGUUGCCCUGGGGUCUUUCAUUAUCCACAUGCUUCCUUUAUCGUAUUUUAAAAGGCAGAAAAUCAGAAAAAAAAUACGGGGAACAAAAACUAUACUCAGUCCCAAAUGUGUAAUUAUGAAAGUAAAGAAGCCAGCAAAAUUACUGGUGCCUGAUAUCAAUAGACAUAGUACUCUAAGUCAUAGAAAAAGAUUGAGAGGCAAUUUUAAAACCAUAAUUAAACAGAUGCUGCAAGAUAACAUUGUGGAAGAUGUGCUUCUGAAUGUUCUGUACUCUCACAUGUCUGUUUUGCCUCAUAUUAGAACUCACAGCAGAUUAAAUGCAGAGAAUCACAGUCAUACGAAGCUAAAACAAGAGAAAUCACAAGUUGAAAGGGAAGAAAAGUGUUCAGAUUCCAUUAAUAAAGGAAGUGACUCUGGAAACACACUAGAAGAAGCUAAAUUGCAAGAUGAAGUGAGAGGGGACAAAGAAGCUCCACAGAGAGCAGUCCUUCAUGAUAGCUGGAACCUUAGGUUGGAUGCAUAUCCAGAGAGGAAGCUUAAAACAGAGAAAGAAAUGCAUCAAUCAGUCACAUCUGCAGAAACCACUGUGGAGUCUAUUUACUCCCCCAUAAUGGAUCCAUCUCAUAUUGAGAACAUGAAAAGCCUAACAACACAAACAGACUUAAAAUGCAAUGCAGAUUCUGAGAUGCCUCCUCCAACAUCGGAAAAGUCACUGAUUGGAGAUCCUUUAAACCAAACAAGAGAAAGUGAUGUUCCAGAUUAUGGAAGUAAUACAAAGGAAAUGGGUUACUGUUUUGCAGAAAUAAAGGCAGAAUUACCAAAAGAUUUACCAGCAACUUUCCCAGAGACUUUUAAUUGCCACAUGCCUGUUUUAACUUAUUCUAAAGUGAAGAAAAACAGAGUAAGAUUCUCGCACAUAGAAUGUACGGUGAGGCCCAAGUCUGUACAUAUGAAGGCAGUGAAGCCAUCAAUUUCACAAACAUUUAAUAUCACCGAUCAUGGAAAGAAAUUGGAAUCCAACUUUAAGGCCAAGUUUGAAAAGAUCAACCAAGCUAAUGGAUUGCUAUUUGAAUUUCUAAAUACCCUUUACUCUCCUUUGCAUAACAGAUUAGAAGGAGAGACAGACAGGUUCUGUCAUGCUCUGUUAAAGCAAGGGGAACCAGCAGAUGAAGGGAGACCACGGUAUGCUGAUUUCUUUGAUAAGAAUAGUGCAUUCCAUGACAGAGAAGAAAAAGUGCAAGAUGAAGGGGAAGUGGAGCAAAAAACUUUGCUAGAAGGAGCUCCACAGCAUACCCGAUACUUCUGGCCUGAUGCAUGUCAAGGGAAUGAGACCCAUCUUGAUGAACCAGACCCAGCACUAGACUGUUUAACACAGGAACUGCCUAUUAAUGAGCAAGACGUGCAGCACCAAACAUACUUUACACAAACUGCUUUGCAGACUGGCCUCCAGAUGGGUUCUAGUGAAGCUGAUGAACUCCAGAAAACCAACAAAACAGAAAAUGACAUAACAGCCCCUACGGGUCCAAAGAUUCUACUUUCCGAAGGGGAACAUGAAGCUUUACCAGCUCUAGAGAAUAGCCAAGGCUUCAUGUUCGAUGCAUAUCAGAAGGAUUAUGACCUUGUCAAAUCAAAUGAGAAACUGGAGGAACCAGGAAGUAUAAAUAUUCAGGUACAACCACAAACACAUUUUACACAAACUAUUUUGAGUUCUGUUUCAUGCCCUAUAUUGGAUCAGUUUCAAUUUGGAAAGCUAGAGAGCUAUGCUAGGUUUUCACCUCCAAAGUCAAGGGAAGCAAAGAUUGAUAAAAUCGUAUUUUCUGCAAGAGAAUGUGGUGUUCCAUCUGAUGCAAACAAUCAAAAAGAACAGGCUGGUAGCAUUGAAAAGAAAAAGACUGUGACUUCUGAUUUCUGCUUGUCUGCUUUAUCUACAUCUAAAAGCAAGAGAAACUUCAAACAAUAUUCAGAAAUGAAAACUUUAGUGAAUAUCAAAUGUGGAAUUUUAAAAGCAAAGAAACCAUUAAUCUCAUAUAUACUCAAUAUCAAAGGUGGUGCUAGCCCAAACCAUAGAAAAGAAUUGGGAUGUAACUUGACAACCAAAGUGAAAGAGGUGGAUCAAGAUAAAAAUAUGGCAGAUAAAAUGUACUCCUUCAUGACUAUUACACCUGACAUUAAUAUGUAUAGCAAGGUAGAAAGAGAAAAAGACAUCUUGGAAGAAAUAAGACUCAGUUCUAAGCAAGUAAAGCAAGCAAUAUCGCCACAUGGAGAGAAUAUGACUUUAGAUGACACCAAAAAAAGCAAUAUUCAAGAUAAAGAGGAAGAAGAAAGUGAACAGGAGAUGUUAUUAAAAGUAAUUCUACAGCACAGUCAACAUUUCAUAUUCUGUUCAGGCCAGAGGGAGGAGCUUGACCUCCGGAAAUCAGGAAACCAAGAAAGUGGGAAAAUUAUAUUUGUUACAGAACAAUAUGUCCCACAAGAAAUACAGCCUACAGAUCCAAUGCAGGUAAAGAGGCCAAAGAAAAGCCUCCAUACACAAAAUGCUAUAACACAUACAGCGAAUUCAAAGCUUCCUCUUCUAAAGGAAUCACUAAUUGGUCAAGUUUUAAUUGAUGCAAUGAGAUGUGGUGUCCCAAGUGAUGGGAGCCACAUGGGAGAACUGUACAGUCGUAAAGAGGAAAAGGCAGAGUGUGAAAAAGAUCCCCAGGCCACUGUCCUGAAGUCCUUGCGUGUCUCCACCCCUGAUCUACCUGAAUCUAAAAGGCAGAGGAAGACAUUUACAUGUAGAGCCAUAAAAAGUAAAAUGAGUCCCAAGUGUGUAAUUAUGAAGGCACGGAAGGCACCAAUUUCACAGAUAUUUAAUAUCUCAGGGAAUGGUUGUCUAAAAAACCUACCUCCAAAGACCCUGAAAUCACACAUUAUUGACUUUUUAAUUUACUUAAAAUGCUCCAGGGUACUGGAAGAUCUUACUAUACAGAGAAAGGAAGGAUUAGCACAAGAAUUACCAGCAGUGAUUCUGGAGUCUUGGGAUUUAUCCACACUUGCUUUACCUGUGUCAAAAAGGAGAAACAAUUUAAAACUUAUGGACAAGAGAAAUAAAAUGAGUCUCAAAUAUGUAACUUUGAAGGCAAAGAAGGCACCGAUUCCCCAGAUAUUUAAUAUCAUGAAACAUGGUACAACAAGCCAUAGAAGGCAAUUUGAAUGCAACUUCAAAACCAUGAUGAAACAAGGUAAACGUGUGGCAGAUAUAAUCCUCAAGGCCAUUUCCUCUCCCAUUCCUGUUUCAGUUGAUAUGAAAAUGCAUAAUAGAAUGACAGCAGAGACAGACAUGCUAUGGAAAACGAGAUUCAGUCAUGAACUGCAACAGCAAGAGCAAUCACCAGGUGGAGGGAGAGCCUGGUGUGCCGAUUCCGGUGAUAAGCGGGGCAGUGCCUCAAAUGGCACGGAGGAAGUCAAAGCCCCAGGUGGAGAAGAAGAAACACAGAAUUCUCAACACUUCAGUCUCAAUGCGCACAAAAUGAAGGGGUCUUACUCUGUGAAAUCAGAUCUAGAACUGAAGAAUUCAGUGAGAAAAAACAUCCCAGAAUCACUUACCAUAGCUCAGGAGCUGCAGCAACAAAUACUUUUCACACAGAGUAUAUUACAUUCUAUUUCUUGCUGUCUUUUGAAUUCACUUCCAUUUGAGAAGUUACCAAAAAGAACAAAAACCCAAAAAGGCUUAAAACACACAGGGAGUCCAAAGAUUUUAUCUCCAAUGCCAGGGAAAUCAGUUAGUGAAUCUUUAAUUGUUACAGCACAGAGUGACAUCCCAUCUGAAAGAGGCUCUAGGAAGGAACUUGCUAGUUCUAUUCUAGAAGGAAAGAUAAAGUUACAAAAGGAUUUACAAGCGAGAACCCUACAGUCUUUUGAUUUCUCCAUGCCAGCUUCAUCUGAACUUAAAGGGUGGAGAAAUGCAGCACAAAUCCCUAAGCCCAGAACUGGGAAAGCACAGAUGGUGUCAGUUUUAAAGACAAUCAAUAUCACUAGGUCUGGUGCCCUUAGCCAUGGAAAGGAACAGGACCGCGUCUUGGAAGAUAUGGCCAAAGAAAUAACUCAAGGCAUGUCAAAUAUAUUUCUGCAUACCUUUCUUUCACCUACACCUGUUUCACCUGCUAUCAAAACGCAUAAAAAACCCUUUGAGUUUGGAGCGGAUCAGAGGAAACAACAAAAUACAAUGCUGCCUUUAGAAUCAUGCAGCAACACUGCAAAAUAUCUGAAUGUUUCAUUUCCACAAGAAAAGAAAUCAUCGGAUGGGGCACAGAUAAUUGAUUCAAUAUCAAAUGGUAGCUCCCCCAAGCUAAGUGUUAGAAAGAAGGUGCAAUCAUGUGAGACAUAUCAAAAGGUACAAAAAGAAGCAUGUCUACCUAGAAUAUUUUUACAUUUUCUUUCUGUCUGUAGGCCUAUUUUGUCUGAAAGUAAAAGACAAAAGGAUAGCGUAAAACAAGGAAUUAAGAAAGGCAUAAUAUGCCCCAAAAGAACUUUGAAGUUGAAGAAAUCAGUAUUUUCAAAGAUACUCAAUACCACUGACUAUGGUACCCCAAGCAACAGACUAGAACUUCAGUGGAACAUAAAAGACAAAAUAGUAAAUAUGAAACAUAGAAAGGGUAAAUCUGAUUUGGUUGUGGCAAACAUAUGUGAGUUUAUUACCUCUUCACCUCACCUCAAAUUGAAUAAAGAGACAAUUGAUGGGAUUAUCUCAAAUAAUGUAAAAAGAACAAAGCAACAUGUAUUGCAUAAAAAGGAGAAAGAUAGAAUAAAAGGAGUCAAUAUGAAAGAAAUAAUGGAUCCCAAUAUUAUUUUGAAGGCAAAGAAAUCAUCACUGCCACGUAUACUCGAUAGAAAGAGAUGUCCUGUGCUGUCGAACACUAUAAAACAAGAGAACAAGGUACAGAUAGGUAAAAGUAAAUCAGGUGUGAAACAGACAAAUGUGUGUACUUCCUUACCUUCUCUAUCACAUCCUAAUUUGAAUUCAAGAGUAAAAGUAGGAAAAGAUAAGUCAGGAAUACCAAGGAGAUGCCUCCCACCACUGAAGCUCCAGAGGUCAUCAAAUGUCAGGAAAACAUCAUUUGCAGAGUCCAUUAAUGGAGAUAUUUUAAGCAAUGUAAUAGAAUCAAAACAUUUGCCACAGAAAAAGAAGGAAGAUAGAGAAAAUACAGUCUAUGUGAAAGAUAUAAUGGGCCUCAAAUGUAUCACUCUUAGAGGAAAGAAAACACCUUUUAAACACAUACUGCAUGGAAAAGAACCACAGUGGAAUGAUAAAGAACAAGAGAAAAUGAUUCAGGAAAAGAAAAGUGAUCUAGAUGCAGUUCAGAAUAAACCCCAUGCUUCCAUUCCUUCUUUACCUCCCCUGGAAUGGGGUCCUGGAAUAAAAGAAGAAGUAUACAUGCGAGGAAUAACAGGAUUCUGUCUUCCAUCAUUAACACUCCAGGAAUUAUCACAUGCGAUGGGAAUAUGUGAGGAACCAAUUGAUGAUAUUUUAAACAGUAUUAAAAAAGCAAAAUGUAUGCCACAGAAAGAUGAAAAUAGAGUGGAAAUGGCUUUGGAAGAAAUGAGACACCCCAAAAGAAUAGCUUUGAAGGUGAAGCAGUCUCCAUUUGCACAGGAAUUACAAUCAAACAUCAAAAAAAAUGAGAAAGGGAUGCAGGAAGAUAAAGAUAAACAAGUUAAAACUCAGAGCAAAUCUUGUGCUUCCAUCUUUUUUCCACCUUACUCUGAAGCAGAUACAAGAACAAAAAGAGAACAAGUCAUGCUAAUAAAACCAAGAUCUUCUUUUCUACAACCAAAACUCCAGGAGUCCUCAGAUAUAGGAAAAAUAGUAUAUAAAACAUCUAUUUAUGGUGAUAUCUCAAACGGUGUAAAAAAAGCCAAAGAACAUAUAAUGCAGGAAGAAGAGGAGAGAGUAAAAAUGGCAAAAGUCAUAGCUUCAAAUAAAAACAAAUCACCAAUUUCACAAGAAAUCCAGUUGGACAUCAAAGAGCAAGAGAAAAUGAUACAAAAAAUUAAAGGUGAACCAAAUGUGAUUCUGACCAAUACCAGCACUUCCAUACCUGUUCCUUCUCAUUUAAAAUUGGAUACAAGAAUAAAAAAAGCAGACUUUGUAACUGAAGUAACAAGAGACUCUCCUCCAGAACUAUCACACCAGAAAUCAUCAGAUGCAGUGAAAAAAGCAAAUAAAGAGUCCACUGAGGGUGAUGUCACAAGUGAUGUACAAGAAGCUAAAGAAUAUAUGUCACAGAAAGAAGAGAUCGAGAUAGCAGACAAGAAAGACAUAAUGCAUCCAAAAGACAAAGAUUUGAAAGGAAAGAAAGCAUUUUCACAGGACAUACUAUUGAAUCUUAAAGAGCAGGGGAAAGCGGAUGGAGAAGGUGAGGAGCAGGGGAAAGUGGAUGGAGACAGUAAAGGUGAACAGGUAGUUGUUCUGUCCACAAAUCGGGCUUCUGAAUCUUCUCUAACUCAUCAUGAAUUGGAUACAAGAAUAGAAGGAGAGGGAGGUAUACAAGGAGUAACAAGAUCUGCUGUUUCCCAACUACAGCUACAGAAAUCAUUUGAUGCAGGGAAAAUAGCACAUACAACAUCAACUGGGGAGGGUAUCUCAAAUGAUGUAAAAAUAGUACAAGAGUACGAGCCACAGAAAGGAGAGGAUAGACGAAACAUAGUAAAUAUGGAAUAUAUCAUGUACCCCAAAGGCACAACUUCCAAGGCAAAGAUAUUACCAUGUCCGCAUGUACUCGGUACCCCUGGGGAUUGUGGCCCCCAAAUUAGAGAAGUACAGAUCAAUGAAGAAGAACAAUUGGGACACAAACAGGAAAGAAAAAGUGAAGUUGAUGAGGUUCUGGCAAGACCUUCUGACCCUCAAUUUAAAUUAAACGAAGGUAUAAAAGACAAGGAAGAGAAACAAGGAGUAACAAGACCCUUUCUUCCACCCUCAUGGCACAGAGAAUCAUCAGAUGCAGAGAAAUUAAAACACACAGUGUCACCUUUGAAUGAUAUGUCAAGUGAUUCAAAAAGAACAAAAUAUGUGGUACAGAAAGAAGAGGAUAAAGAGAAUAUUUUUGAGAAAGACAUAAUGCAUUCCAAGUACGUAGCUUUGAAGGCAAAGAAAUCACCCCUUUCCCAUAUACUCAACACAAGGAAACUGCAAGUGAAUAUCAAAGAGCAAGUGAAAGGGGGGCAGGAAGGUAACAAGGAAACAGUUGUGCUUCAGAGCAAAAUUUGUCCUUUCGCCACUUCUUCAACUCCUCCUAACUUGGACACAAUAAAAGAAGAGGCAGGUGAACCAGGAAUAAUAAAUUAUGUGUCACAUCUUGAGCCUCAAAAAUCAUUGCCUUUAGGGCAGAUAGCAUCUACAGAGUCAACUGAUAGACAUUUAAAGAAAGGAAAACAACAUGUGCCACAGAAAGAAAAGGACAGAGGACAAACAGUAGCCAUGAAUGUCUCCACACACCCCAAUGGCACAGAUUUCAAGGCAAAGACAUCACCACCUCCUCAUGUGUUCAGUGCCACUGAGCACAGUGCUCUGAGCAAGAGAAAGGAGCCUCAGUGGAGGAUUAAGGAGAGAAUAGAACUGGAGCAGGGAAGAAUAGGAGACCCUGAUGUGACUCUGACAAAAACUCCUCCUUCCACGCCUUCUCCCUCUCACCAGAGAUGGGAUACAAGAACCAAAGCAGAGAAAGACUUGCUUGCAAUUACAGGAUUCUCUCCUUCACAAUUACAGCUCCCCGAGUCAUCAGAUGCAGGGAAAAUCAGAUACGCAGAUUCCAGUGGAGAUAUUGGCUCAUGUGAUAUAAUAAUAAAAGCUAACCAAAGUAUGCCAUACAAAGAGGCAAAGGACAGAGUAAACAUCGAAGACGGGAAAGGUAGAAUAUUUCCCAAAACAAUAACUUUGAGAGCAGAGAUAUCCCCACUUACACAUCCACUCAACAGAAAGGGACCACCUUUGAAUGUUAAAGAGCAAGGGAAAGAAGAGCAGGAAGGCAGAGGUGAGCCAGAAAUGGUUCUGAAGGAAACUUGUGCAUCCUUACCUCCCCCAUCUUACCAGAAAUGGGACACUAGAAUGGAUGAAAAGGAAGACACAGUAGGAAUAACAACAUCCUAUUUUCCACCACUAAAGAUUCAGGAUACAUCCAAGUCAGGCAAAAAAGCAUAUACUAAGUCCUUUGAUGGUCAUAUGUUAAACGAGGAAGAUAAGCUCAUAACAGAUGUUGAAGACAAAAUGUGCCCAAAAUAUAUGGAUCUGAAGACAAAGAAAUUACCACUUUCACAUAUACUUGAUACCAAAAAAUCAAAGUGGAAAAUUAAAGAGCAGGAGAGAAAGGUGCAGGAAGAUAAAAGUAAGCUAGUUACAAAUCUGAAAAGCAUUUGUACUUCUUUACUUACGCUACCAUAUCUUAAAUUUGAUACAACAGAAGGGGAGGGGUACAUGAUAAGAAUUACAAAAUUGCCUCUCUCACAGCUACAGUCCAAGGAAUCAUCAGAUGCAGCAAAAAUAGCAUAUGCAGAAACAAUUGAUGGAGAACUUUCAAAAGAUGUAAAAGAAUUAAGAGAGCACAUGCUACAGAAUGAAGAGAGGGAUAGAGAGAAAAAUGUGAACAUGAAUAGUAUAGUGGAUCUCAAUGACGUGUAUUUGAAAGGAAAGAAAUCACCUAUUUUAUUUACAUACAAUCUAAGUGACCUUCAGUGGAAUACUAAAGAGCAAGAGGAGAAGGUUCAGGAAGGUAAACAUGAGCCAGGUGAUGUCAUGCUGCCUAAUACUUGUGCGUCUAGAUCUUCCCCACCUCACCUUAACGUGAAGACCAGAAUCCAGGGAGGGAGCAUGCUGAUAUUAACAGAAUCCUCUUUUUCCCCAGCAAACUUCCGGGAAUCAUCAGAUUCUGAGGAAGUGGUAUAUGCAGAGCCAAUUACUCAUGAUAUUUUAAUCAGUCCACAAAAAAGACACAAACGUAUGCCACAGAGCAAGGAAGAGAAUGGAGUGGAAACAGUAAACCUCACAUUCCCCAAACAUCAGGAAAAGAAGAUGCAGGAAAGUAAAGAUGAACCAGGUGUGGUUCUGAGCAAAUUUUCUGCUUCAUUACCAUCACUCCCUCACCUCAAAUUGUCUGAAGAAAUACAAGUAGAUGAUGAAAUGCUUAAAAGAUCUGUUUUGCAGAGAAUAUCAAAUGCAGGGGAAAUAGUACCUACAGAGUCAAUCAGUGGUGAUCUCAUGAAAGAUGUUCAAAACGAGAAACAACAUAAGCCUCAGAAAGAAGAGAGGGACAAAGAAAAAACAGUAGAUAUGAGAAGUAUGAUGGGUACCACAGAUAUAACUUUGAAGUCAAAGAAAUCUCCUCCUUCAAAUAUGCUCCAUAGAACAGAACUGCAUCUGCACAUUGGAGGGCAAGAACAAAAGAAACAUGAAGGUCGAGGUAAACCACUUGGUACGCUGCUGAGAAAAGUUUAUGUUUCCAAACCUUCAACUAACCUUACCUUGGAUAAAGGUACACAAGUAGAUGAAGAAAGCCUUGGAAUUAAAAGACCCUCUCUACUUCCACUAAUGCUUUCAGCACUAUCAGAUGUGGACAAGAUAGCAGAGACAGAGGCAAUUGGUGGCGAUGUAAGAAAAAGAAGACAAUAUAUGUCUCAGAAAGAAAAAAAGUAUAAAGUGAAAACAGCAGAUAUGAGGAUUAGGAUGCAUCACAAGGAGGCAAGGAUUUCACAUAUCCUUAAUACAAAGGAAUUUGUGUUGAAUAUUAAAGAGCUGAAGGAAAGAGUGCACAAAGGUAAAGAUGAGCCAUGUAUGGUUCUGACAAGGACUUUUCUUUCCAUCCCGUCAGCGCCUCCCCUUUAUCUAGAUUCAAGGAGCAAACUAGACAACGAUGCACCAGGAAUUACAGGAUCCUCUCAUCCACAGCAAAAUCUCCAGGAAUCAUCAGAUACCCAGACAGCAGCAAUUAGAGAGCCAGUUGCUGGUGAUGGUGAAAUCCUUGUGGAAAAAGCAGAACACUCUGUGCCGUUAGAAGAGGCAGUGCAGCAGUGGACCUCAAACUUCAUGAUCAGUGUACAGCGAAGAGAGGAACCUCCACGAGUCAAAUCUGAAGGAGAUUUGAGACAGUUCCUUUUAAAUUCACAGCACGAGGACAUUUAUUUCACAGGAUUUGGUACCAUAAGAAGUGGAGAAAGGCUGGAAUGUUUUUUUACAGGGCGAGAGGCUCAGCCAGAAAAUUACAAAACAGAAACUUUUACUACAUUUCUUUCCUAUCCCACAAUGGGUCCAACUAAAAUUGAAAAUCUGAAGAAAGAAACUGAAAUAAUGGAUAACUUAAACCAUAAAAUGAAUCCUCAGGUUUUAGUUUCACUGCCAAGGAAAAUAUCCAAGGAAAUACAUGUCACAGUUGGCACCCCUGUAAGUUCAAGAGGAUUUUCUGUUUCAGAGCAAGAUGCCCACCAACAAGAAACUUUAUCAAAAGCAUCUCUAGGAUCUGCAGAUUCAUAUAAAUUUGAUAAGCCAGGGAAUUAUGUACAAAAUAAUGAUAAAAUAAAGAAAAUGUUCUCUCCUACAGUAUCAGCACCACAGACAAAGAGGUCACUUGAGAAAAUGAAUAUCAUAGAGUCGAAUACCCCCCAAAAUAUAGAAGAACAAGAAGUUGUCAUGAAAAAGCAAGUGGUACUACGGUCUCAAAGUGGACACAGGACCAGGUUGAACUCUAGCCUUUCUCUUAAGUUUCCACUUCAAAAUGGAAAGCAGAAGACACCAUUGGAAAUAGAUGUACACAAGCAAACUAUGGUGUACCCUGGAAUACAAAUACUACCAGGAGUACACAUGGAUAUUACAGAGUUUGAUUCCAUAAAAGGAAAAAAAGAGCAGGCAUUGCUUGUUCCAGAACAAAAGGAAAGUAUUCUAGAAUCACUUCAGAAGUCUUUUUACCCCCGCUGGACUCUUCCGCUUCAAUCUGGACAUCUGGAGGAAAAAAAUGAAACUGACACUAGCACUACUAUAAAUCUGGAGCAGAAAAAAUUAGACGUGGAAGAAGGGAAAUUAAAAAUAGACACAAACAUAGCUGUCCAUCUGGAAGAGGACAAAUUAGAAAUGCACAAACCCACCACUGUCAAUCUGGAGAAGCAGAAAACAAAAGUGGACACAAGCAGUACUGUAAACCUGAAUGCUCCAUCUCUAAAGAGAGACGAAUCUCAAAUUAAGACUCAGGCUAUCACUCAUAUGGCAAACAGCCACUCAAUCAAGCAAAGAUAUAAAAAGGAACUGGAAGCGUCUGGUGCAAAGCAAAACAUUCAGCUACAAAAAUUGUUUCAAAAACAUGUUCUGGAUUCAUUUUAUGCCUAUAUUCCUCUUUCUCCCAAAUUUGAAGGCUGGAAAGGCAGAUUAACAAUAGCAGAUUUUAAAAGAGAAUUGAGCCCCAAAUAUUUAACUAUAAGAAUGCCAGAUCAUCCAAUUUCACAGAUUCUUGGCAACACAGGACAUGGUACUCCAAGCAAUAGAAAGAAAUUAGAGUAUGACUUUAACAAACCAGAGAAAGUAGGUUCGUGCGGUGAAGAUGCCUCAGGGAUAUUUAUCAGAAGUCUUUCUAUUUCUAUGUUGAGUCCGUCUCAGUCUGAAGAAACAGUAGAAUCUGAGACAAACCUAAAAAGAGAAAAGAGAAUCUGUCUUUCUAAAUUCCUGGAGAAAUCACCAAACACUCGUGAAGUUGUUAAGAGGAACAGCUUGAGCACUUCAAAAAAAGGGGACCAGAAUUUUACAAACACAGUUCCACAAGAUUCCCAGCCCUUUGUAGUGGACCAGCAACAAAUGCAAAAACUUCCUUGUGUCAAAUCAGAAGCAAACUUCAGCAGUGAAAUAAAUAAAAAAACUUUAACUCCACAAACAAAAGAAAAGGCUGUUCCAGAGCAUGAUAUCUCAAGGACCAUAAAAGAACCUGACUUGCUUAUGGUGGAGCAAGAAGGAAAGGCACCAAAUCCCAUUCUGACACCCACAGAGUGUUCAUCCAUGUCUGAAGAUCCAAAGGAGAAUGUGGAAACCCACGUGAAAAGUACCAUCAGUAUGAGUAGUUCCCCUCCAGGAGUAGAAAAACCACAACAUGGGACUCAGCCAUUUGAUACCAUGGAGUGUGCCUCGCCACCCAAGCACAGGGAUCAGAGCGAACCCUUAUGGGACACAACCACACAAAAGGUCCAGCAACAAAAGAUGUUUCCAGGAACUGUGCCUGUACCACCCCAAGAGAAAAGUAAUGAAACAGAAAUAGUGGCAGAUAGCGUAAGUGCAGAAAGUUUACUUCUUCUUUAUAAAGCAAUUAAAAAUGUCUUUGAAUCCCAGGUAAAAAAUUUGAUCCAAGACAAAGUUUAUGCUGAUAUGCUAGAAAAAGUUAAAGCCCAUAAACCUGAUGAUUGGAACUCACCUUUUGCAGGGGGUCCAGAUACAACAUCCACAAAAAUACAUCCCAAAUUGCAGCCAAAACUCAUUUUAGAACGUUUUACUCCCAAAGAAAAAAAUAAGCUUACUAAUCAUUUAGAGUCAAAAGCACUUGAAAUAAAACUGAAUCUGAUACCAGAGAUAGCAAAACAAUCCUUCCAAAAGUUCAAUUUUUAUCCAAAAUGGGCUAUUUUGGAAGAUAACAAUUGGAGGCUCUAUCCAAGACAGAAAAAUAUGUGCUUUUUGUCUCUAGAAGGGAUUGAUACUAUAGAACUUAACUUAAAACACCAAUACCAAAAUGAUUCACCUCCUAACAGCUAUAUGAAGACACUGAUUGUUAAUGUUUCUAGUGGCAAUGAGGAGAUCUUUACAAAGGUAAAGAGUAUUAAUAAGCUAGAAAGUGGAACAUCUUUAGUGACUUCUGCUAAUGAGAUGCCAUUGCCUCAUAUUCUCCAAAAUUACUCAGUAGAAGAAAAAGACAAACUUCUUAGACACUUUUCUAUGAAAACAUUGGAAAUUCAAAUGAAAGCCUUUUCCAGAAUUGUAAGAGAAUCUUAUGAAAUAGCUGAUGCUCAGGAUAGAAGGAAACAUUUCUCUAAAUGUAUUAAGUCUGGUGUUAAAAUACCAAAAUGGAAAAACAGAAUUUUGUUACUUUUUGAUGAAAAAUCUCUUCAUCAAAUAGAUCUUGAUUUACAAUACAAAUACCUUCGUUUUCUCCUGGGGCUUCCAGGCAAAAGUAUGUUGCCUAAGCCAAAUGCACUUCCCAAACAUAUUCUUAAAUUAAACACCGCUGCGAUAUGUAAAUCAGGAGAUGAUAGUAGAGAAAGUGGUGGUCUUUCCAUUGAUACAGGACUAUUAGAAGAACAUACCUCUAUCAAAAAGCAAAAUCCCCGUGAAAACUCAUUAUUGACCAAGAAAUUCCUGGAACCAACUCGUGUGUGUGCUUCUGACCCUGAUCAACACGGCACAGUGCAGAAAGAUGCUACAGUUCUUUCAGAGUUAAAAUCUUGUAUGACUCCAGAAAAAGAUAAACAAUAUCAUGUAUGGUUUCAAGAAACAAAUGCAUAUGAAUAUUUUGAUUUAAAGACUCAGGAAAAUGCUCUUAGUUUAGCUGAUUCUCAUUCAAUUCAGAUUCCUGAAGAUUUUAUUGAUAGUCAGCCAAAUAUUGAGAGUUCAGCUAACUUGGAGGAAUGCUCACCUCUUAAAGUACAUGAGAGUGAAGAAUGUAUAUUUUUAGAAGCCAACCCUUAUUUAAAUCAGGAAUCACAAAACAUUCUACUUGAAUUACAGAAAGGCAUUCCCUUGAAAAAUCUCUUCAAGAUGAAAAAAAUCAAAACUGAUUUGAAACCAUUUUACAGUGAAAAUUCAGGUUCGCAUUAUAUUAGAGGCUGUAGAAAACAUUCCUCAGUUGUGACACCACCUUCCUACGAAUCCCACAAAAGCAGGAAAUAUAGGUCAUCCUCCAAAAUGCGAUCUCCUGAUUGUUUGUGUCACAGUUCAUUAAAUGCUGUGGAAGUUCCGUCUGUAUCAUCUUACAUUUCAUUCAGUGAAGAGAAGCUCUCAUGGACUACAAUGAGCAGAACAAGUUACUCUUUAGCUCCUUUAACGGAAUCAAAUAUUAAAUUACAUCUUGCAAAAAGCCAAGGCAAACCUCACAGGCAUCCAGAAAGCAAAGAAAGAAAAAAGGCCAAAUUUGAUUUAUUUAGAAAGAAUAACAUUCAUUGGGACUGUGAUUACAGUUGUACACAGAGUAAAGAGAAACACACAAGAAAGAAGAUAGUGUGUGAUUAUGAGUCAGAAAGAUCGGAUUAUUUCCCAAGGAAACAUAAGUCAGCAUCAAAACCUCACCAAGAGGAUUUCAACUUCCAUUCUGAAAGAAAGCAAGGCCAGCCAUUUUUUUAUGCCUGUACACCAGCAGACUCACUAGAGAUUAUACCCAAAACCAUUUGCUGGACUGUUCCUCCAAAAACUUUAAGGAAGAGAAACUUCAGAGUUCCCCUGGUGGCAAAGAUUUCAAGUUCUUGCAGUAUAUGGAGUUCAUCCAAAAAGUUGUUGGGGUCACUCUUAGAGUCCUUCAAUCCAGGUCAUCAAAAUUGAUUUAACCAUAUCUAGAGUCCUCUGAAGUGUAA